UUAUUUUGCAACAACAAGGUCGACAAAAACAUUGAAUAAUUAAUUAUAAAAAUAUCAAUAAUUGAACUUGAUAAAUAUACUUCAAGGCAAUUAACAACAAGACAAAUAAUAACAUCUGUAUUUAGUGUUGUUAAAGAGCACUAAAAUAAGUUUUUAAAAUACAUUUAAAAAGUGAUUUAGAAAAAAUAACAGACAAUUAUUCAUCAAUUACAAAUUGCUAAUAAACAUAACCAUCAAACAGAUAAUAGAAAAUUCCAAUAUAAAGUAAAAUGGGACGUCGACGUUCAGCAAUUGCUCAAGGUUCAACAUCUGCACCAAUUGACGAUGUUGUUGAUGAAUCACUUGGACUAUCAAGGAUAACACGUAAAGAUGGUAUUGCUAGCGUACAGCUCAAUAAUACAAAAAUAAAAGUAUUGACUUUAUGUGCCUUGAAACGUAAUAUUUCUGAAUACAAAAGGAAGAGUAAACAAAUGAAGAAUAAUACUAAAAAUGGAGUACUUUCAGAAUCAGAUAAGCAAAAGUUAUCUUCAAUAAUUACUCAACGUCCAACACCAGCACCAAUUGAUGAAAUUGUUAUUGAUCGUGAGGCUGAACGUUUAGAAAGUCGCAGAUUACUUGAAUUAACAAAAAAAACAAAAAUGACUGUUGAUGAUAUAAAAACAAGAAAUAUACCAAACGAUAUUGAUAAAGAAAUAUAUUCCAAAAUAUCUGCUAUUAUGAGUUAUAGGUUAAAACUUAAGAAAACUGGAACACCACCACCACCAAUCGACAAUUGUAAGGGUGAUAUUGAAGAUCAAAAUAAUGAACAACAAAAUAAUAAUAAUGAAGUGAUGAAAGGAUACGAAAAAAAUGUUUCAAUAUUAUCAUUAAUUCAUUAAUACCUGAUGUAAAACAAUAUGAAUCACCGUAUUUUAAAAUAUAUAUUAUUGAAGAUAAAGAAAAAUAAAAAAAAUAUAUAGUAUAUUUUGAUUCAAUUGCCCAAGUAGAUAGUAUACAAUUUUUAUCAAGUAAAAUAUAAGAAAUCUGUUUUCAAACAUAACAUCAUCAUAACACACAACUGUUAUUUUAUUUAUAUUUAAAAUUGAAAUAUAUAUAUUUAUUUUGAUUUUAAAUUUAUAUUGCAGAUUGGUAAAAUUCGUGAAUAUCAUAUUGGUCCAUAUUACUGGCUAGAUUAAAGAUUUGGUGUAUGGACGUUCAACAAACGUGCCAAGAGCUCAAAUGUCACUUUAGCUGGUUUAUUUCCACUAAUAAAACAACAAAUGAAAAUUAUUUUAAAAAUCACCUUAUUAUUUGCCCAAAAAUAUACA